GCAGGUUCCAUACAGCACUACAGGUCUGAGCGUGAUAUUCCACAAACCAGUGACACUCACAAAGUCUCAGAAAACCUGCUCUUGAGGCUUCGAAGAUGUUGAGCUACCUGUCCUUUUUAUCAACACAGACAUGGACGCUGCUCCUGCUGUUCCUGGGACUGUUGUUGGUGUAUGGAUACUGGCCUUAUGGAAUCUUCAAGAAGUUGGGGGUCUCUGGUCCAAAGCCAGUGCUGUUUUUUGGAAAUAUGCUGAACUACAAAAAGGGACCCCACAAUUUUGACAUGGAAUGUUUCCAGAAAUAUGGCAAGAUGUGGGGGUAAGAAACUUAUUAUUUAUACACAUCCAGCUGU